GCUACAAGAGCAGCAAUCUUAUCUGUUGUGUUCUGCUCUUCACUACAACCUUGCUUCCCAUAGAUAACAUCUGCAUCAGACAAUAGACAAACAUGUAUUCCUUAACAUGCACACCACUUUCUUCUUCUUCUUAUUCUCAUCACACCACUCUAAAGCCAAACCUCAACCCUCUUCUGGGUGCAGAUGCAACUUCUAGGCCAUGUUCUCUACCCUUGAAAAGAAGAACAUGCUUUACUACCAAAGCCAUUCUCUCAUCCACCAGAGAAGAUGUCUUGAAGCAUUUCAACGAACGACGAGCUCUCAAGAUUAUCUCAGGCUUGCAGAAUUUCAAUAAAGACAAUGUUGCCUCGGUUGUCACUGCUGCAGACAAGGGUGGAGCAACUCUCGUGGAUAUAGCAUGUGACCCUGAGUUGGUAAAGCUGGCCAUUGACUUAACUUCUUGUCCGGUUUGUGUUUCUUCUGUAGAUCCUGCAACAUUUCCAGCUGCAGUUGAAGCAGGAGCACUAAUGGUUGAGAUUGGAAACUAUGAUUCAUUCUACGAGAAGGGAAUAAUUUUCACUCCAGAGAAGAUUCUAGGUCUAACAAAGGAGACAAGGAGGAUACUUCCAUCUGUAGUCUUGUCUGUUACUGUUCCUCACACACUAAGCCUCCCUGAUCAGGUCAAGCUUGCAGAGUCAUUGGAACAAGAAGGUGUAGAUAUCAUUCAAACUGAGGGAGGAAAAUGUUCUAAUCCCACACAAUCUGGUGUUAUGGGUUUGAUUGAGAAGGCAACGCCAACUUUAGCAGCAGCGUAUUCUAUAUCACGCGCUGUUAAGAUCCCUGUCAUGUGCUCUUCGGGGUUAAGCACUGUCACAGUACCGAUGGCUAUAACAGCUGGAGCUGCUGGUGUGGGUGUAGGCUCUGCAGUUAAUAGACUUAAUGAUGUGGUUGCUAUGAUUGCUGAGGUCAGAAGCAUUGCUAAUUCAUUGCAGACACCAUUUCAGAUAUCCACUGCACAUGAAGUGGAAACUCAAAGACAGUAGGUUAUGUUGCAAGAAACAGAUGAAGGAGGUGUAGGUAGUGAAUUAAACAUGCAAAGAAUAUUAAGAACUGAUCCAAAUAUUUGUGUUCCUGUGUGGAUGUUAAAUUAAAAGAAAUAGUGACCUAUUUGGAAUUUUGCUUCGUUAAUGGGUGGAGUUGAUCAGUUUAGUGAAGCUAUGUAUUGUUCGUUGUUCUUUCGCCAAAUUCGUGAUGCCCUUGUUUUAUUUUUGCAGUCAGUACCAUUUAGAAAGGUCAAUAAAUACAUACCAAUGCUUUUGUCACGUGCAAA